AUGUUCCGUACCGCCACGCGCGUUGCCACCAAGGCCACGGCCUCUGCGGCCGCGACCACCGCCGCUGCUUCCGCGUCUGGCGUGGGGCUGAGCACCGCAUUUGCGGAGCCCGCACUACAGAGCGACGCAUCCGUUCCGUUCGGCUACAAUGGCUCCCUCCGUCCGCUCGACGGCAGCUGGGAGGAAAUCCCGAAGCCCGCUUCCCCCACUCUCCCCGCGUUCCCGCAACCCGCGGAAUCCGCCAGCGCCUCCGUUUCGGGCUCCGCGCGAGCGGCGAGGCAGCGGGCGAGCGCGCGCGUGAUUUCUCUUGCGCCUCCCAGCAGGGAAGAGACGGACGCCGCGUGGGCGGAGGUGGUUUCCACCAUGAUGGCGCCGCCUCGCGCGUCUCACUCUGCGCUUGCAAGCCCCGUUGCUUCCGGUGGUACCGCGCGCGCAAGUCUUACCGCUAGCAUCGCGGGUGCUUCCGCGAGUCGUGCCGGGGAGGAGGAGGGCAUGGCGGAGAGCACAUGGGAGAGCGAUUGGGGGAGCGAGUGGGGGAGUAAGAGCGCGACCGCGUGGGACAGCAUGGGCGACGACGCCGCUGCGUCCAUGGCGGCGUCGGAGCGCGCGCUGCAGGUGGCUCGCGCGUCGGCUUCUGACGCGGCGUGGCAGCACAUUGCGGGCGGAGCGCUUGCUGCGACGCAGGGAGUGACGGCGCGCAUGCAGCAGCGCGGGGGAAACCAGGCGCACCAGCAGCAGUACCACCAGCAGUAUCAGCAGCAGAUUCAGCAGUACCAGCAGAACCCCAUCGCUAUGCUGCUCGCGCAAGUGGAGGCGGAUCGCGAGGCCGUGGCGACGGUGCGCAGUCUGGCGUCGAGUCCGGGGGUGUUCAUGGCGAUCGUGAACGACCCCGUCAUGCAGGAGUUCAUCCGCAGCCGAGGCGGCGUCCACAUGCCCGGCGUCAACAGCAUCACUGAGGUUACAGAGCACCUUGUUCCCGGACAGCAGCACCAGCCUCUGCAGUCUGCAAUUGAUGCGCGUGGAGCAGGCAGUGCGGGAGGGGUUGCGGACGCUGGUGCUGCUGGUGGCAGUGCGACAGGUGCAUCUGGUGGCAGCAGUGCGUCUGGUCUUGCGGGGCUCAUGACAGUGGUGUGCUUCCGCCCGCCACCAUUGCUCUCCAACAUUCCAUCCUCCACCGUCGCAUCCACUCCACUACCUCUUCCACCAUUUUCCAUCGACACUUUACAUUCAACUCGCCUUCCGCUCUCCGCUGUUGCGCCCCCUUCCACCAGCCUUGUCUUCCACUGCCGAGUCACAUCCACCAUCUCCUACGCGGCCUCCAUCUCGUCCCCUUCCGUCCCCACUACAAUAUCGCACGCUUCCCGAAGCGCGCUCGCGCUACGUAAACCGCAUGUCGAAAUCUCGUCAUCCGUACUGACAGCAAGGCACAACGCGGCGGCCAUCACUCGCCAUCCGUCUCUUUCCAGCGUGAAACGCGGCGGCCUGCAACUUCUGCCAACUCGCUGCGAGGCGGCGUCUUCCCCGCCGCCGGGAGGGCCGGCGGGAGGCGGUGGCGGAAGCGGCGGAGCGAGCGACAGCCUGAAGCGCGCCGCACGGGAGUUCUUCUCGGCAAAUCAAGGGCACCACCGCGACCACCACCAGGGGGUGCACCUCCCAGCCAGCAGCAGCAGCACCACGCCGCACAGCGCGGCCACGCCGUCUGCAGCGCCCAUGGACAGCCAAGUCGAAGACGCGGUUUCCAGUGCCUAUCGUAAGAAGGUCGUGAAAGAGGGUCGCACUUCUCGGGGGAGCUCCGCUGGUAUCACCAGCGGUAGUAGCUACUUGGUGCGGGACGAGGACCUGGCGUGGUCCGCGCUGAUUGGGCGGCUGGCGAAUGGACAGAGCGCCGGCGGCACAAAGGACGGUGAUAACCGGGGCCUGGCAGCAGCGGUGCUGGAUGCAGCGGCACUCCUGCCCGAGAUUGCAGCUCUGCGUGUGGAUGCCUCUGCUGCACCAGCCGACAGGUUGCCUCUCCUCCGCAUUGACAGCAGCGCUGGUGCCGCUGGCAUGGCGAGUGCUGCUACCACCACCGCCUCCGCUGCUACAGCCACUGCUGGGCCUGCGGUCGUGAAAGCAGCGCUGAUCAAUGGCAAGUCAAGCAAGUCAAACGCAGUGGCGCCCAACUCCGUCAUUGAGCAGUCGUCCCUCUCGAAACUUGAAGCUGCUUCUGCUGGUGACAGCGAUGCUGCAGGACGCACUGGUGGGCUGGAUGCUGUGCAGACGAAGCAGCAGCAGGGCGUGGGGGGCGAGCAGCAAGGGUUGGGCAUCAUUCCGUUCCUCAAGGGCAAGCACAUCCUCAUCACCGGCGCCACUGGCUUCCUUGCUAAAGCGCUGGUGGAGAAGAUACUGCGAGAGCAGCCGGACGUGGGGCAGCUGUACCUGCUCAUCCAGCCGCGGGGAGACACCACUGCGCACCAGCGCCUCACCUCCCAGGUGAUCCCAUCGGCCAUCUUUGCACAUCUGAAGCAGCGGCACGGCGAGGGCUACGAGGCGUUCAUGAGCAGCAAGCUGACAGCGGUGGACGGCAACAUAGGCGAGGAGCACCUGGGGCUCAGUGCUGUUACUUCGGCUGCUCUGGCAGAUAAAGUGGAUCUCAUUAUCAACUCCGCCGCCACCACUGACUUUGACGCCCGGUACGACGUGGCGUUGAACAUCAACACGCUGGGUCCUCGGCGACUGCUGGCCUUCGCCAAGCAGUGCCACCACCUGCAGCUGCUGCUGCAUGUCUCCACGGCGUACGUGAAUGGCAAGCGCAAGGGGCAGGCAAUGGAGCGUCCCUUUGCACCCGGCGACACCAUCGCAGCAGAGAUGCUCGCACAGGCCGCCCACUCCCCUGCUGCCGCCGCGGCCGCUGCUGCAGCAGCAGGCAUCCCCGCUCUCGACGUGGACGGGGAGGUGACGUUUGCGCAUAAAGAGCGCGCAGAGGUGGAGGCAGCAGCAGUGGCGAGGGGCGCAAGCAAGGACGAGGUGGUGGCGGCUGUCAAUGGGCACAUGUCCGCCCUGGGCCGCGCCAGGGCACAGGUGUUUGGGUGGCAGGACGCGUACGUGCUGUCCAAGGCCAUGGGGGAGAUGACACUGGGGGAUCAGCGUGGAGGAGCACAGGGGGAGGAGGAGGAGGGGGGUGCAGGGGUGGUGCCAGUGGUGGUGGUGCGGCCGAGCAUAGUGGAGAGUGCGUUGUGCGAGCCCAUGGCAGGGUGGAUGGAGGGCAUGCGCAUGGCGGACCCAAUCCUCAUGGCAUACGGCAAGGGCGCCAUGGCCGGUUUUCUCGCCGAUGGAGUGGCUGACAUUAUCCCAGUGGACUUUGUCGUGAAUGCCAUCCUAGCUGUCGCUGCCGGCAAUGCCAAGCUGCCCCCACAGGCACCUGAUGGCGUCACUGUCAGCAGCACCACCACCAUUGCUGCUUCUGCCUCUGGCUACUGCCUGCCUCGUGUGUACCACGUGACAACUUCAGUGGCGAACCCUCUGCAUGUGAAUACCAUUGCUGAUGCUGCCACGGACCAUUUCGCUGCCAAGCCCAUGAAGCAGAAGGAUGGCUCGCCCAUUUCUGUCGCCCCCGCUAGAGUCUUCAAAUUCCCCGUGCUGUUUCUCCUGGACCUCUGGAUCCGAUACCAACUCCCCAUGCUGCUGAUGAAGCUCUUUCCGAAAAAGGGGGCAUCAACAGCACGUCGGACUAUGAUUAUGAUGAAGACGAUUGAGUCACUCAUGCACUUUGCCAAGAUAUACUCACCAUACACCUUCUACGAAGCACGGUUCGACUCCAGCAACACUGAAGAGCUCUUUGCAAAGAUGUCAUUGGAUGAGCAGCAAAAGUUUAACUUCAAUGUGCGCAACAUCAACUGGCACAACUACAUGUGCAAUGUCCAUAUCCCAGGACUGCGCAAGUUCGAGAUUCAAAUAAUUAGGGCUCACAGCAGCAGCUGCGAUUCAACAGUGUGCGGGCUGUGCUCCUCAGCUCGCCUCUUCUGGCUGCUUCCGGAGAGAAGGGCGCCUGAAUUAGACUUCGACAAAAGAUACGCCCAAUCCUGCUCAUCGUUCGGUAUCAACCCGCCGCUCGACAUCCUCAGCGCUCUCGCGUCACCCUCGCACCGCAUAUCAGAGGACGGGUCGCCGCAGUUGGCGGUGGAGCUUCCCCUCGCGCACCUGUCGGACGCGGUCGCGGUGACACUGGGCGAGUUCCUGGCGACGGCGUGUCCGGAGUUGCAUAUCGUGGAUGUCAGCAGCGCGGACGCGGUGCCUACCGUGAGCGGGCACGGCAUUCUGUUCCUGCUGCGCGCCGUGGGCCCGCACCUGCAGCACGCCAACCUCUCCAACAUCCCGCUCGGCCGCGAGGCCUUCAGAGAUUUGUUUCAGCGCGGGUUGAACGCGCGCAGCCUGUGCUUCUCCUUCUGCCGCGUGCGCAAGCUCGACUUCGUGGGCGCAUUCCCGCGCCUGCGCUCCCUGGUGCUGGACCACAACCCCGCCAUCACGUGCCUCCCCGACGGCUGCUUCUCCAACGCGCCGUCGCUCACGUCGCUCUCCCUCUGCGCCACGGGCAUCUCGAAUCUCUGGACCACCGUCGCUGCGCUAGCCAAGCUCCCCCUCUUGCGCCAGCUCCGCUUCCAGCGCUGCAUGUGCUGCCGCGGCGACACGUCCGCGUGCGCGGAGCUGGCAGCGGGGCUGGCUGGCGAUCCCGCGGAGGCGGACGAGGGCGCGCGGAGGGAGGUGGCAAGAGCCGAUGGUGGAGCUGGUAAUGCUGAUGAUGGUGGUGCUGGCGUUGGUGGCGGGGGUGGAGAUGUGGUGGAAGUAAGGGCUUGGUUGGGUCAGGAAGAGGUGCAGGAGGGCAUGGCGAUGGACGAGGUCAUGCGCGAUUGGGAAGCGGAGGGGCAGACGCCGGGCGAUCGAGGCGAUGCGCAGGCCUUGGCGUUUGCGGCUGAGCAAGUGGGGGUGGGGUUCGGUGGGCCGGGGGAUGCAGAGCUCGGUAUGGUUGGCGAUGCGGAUAUGAGGAACGCGGGGGGAGAGGGGGAAGAGAGGGGAGAGGAGGAUGAAAUGUCUGACGAGGAUGUGAGUGAGGAGUGUUCAGAGGAAGAAGAGGAGAGCGACGAGGACGAGGAGGAGAGAGAGCGCAGGGACGGUGAGUUUCGUCACGCGGGCAUGCCAUGGCAGCAUGUUCUGUCUCGUGAACCGAGGGGACUGAGGCAAGGAGGUGGAGUGCAGGAGAACGCAGCAGAAGCAGCAACUGCGGGGAACAAUGGCGGUGCAACAGGCGCGCACACUGAGGGUCCUGUCCCCAGAGCAGUUCCUCUGGGCCCCUCACCGCGCAUGCGUGGCGGUCGCCUUCAGCAGCACCAACCUCUGUUCCGACCCGUUCGUGCUGCCCGCACUGCUGCUGCUGUGCCGGGUGCAGGGGAAGCACAGGGCACGGGUGUGUUGGCCGCGCAUCCGGUGGUGCUAACAGCAGCAGCACGCGGAGCAAGGGAACAUACAUCAGUUGGGACAGCAGCAGCAGCGGCUGUCAGGGCGGAGACAGUGGCAGGGGCAGCAGGUUUGGUUGGGGCUGGAGGAGAUAUGGCUGGAGGGCUCAGGGCACGAGAGCUGGACUUGAUGAGCUAUCUUAUGGAGGAUGCGCCCAGGCGUCUCCGUGGCAGGGAAACUGGUGCUACUGCUACUGCUCCCAACAAUCAGCGCGCAGGUGUUGCUCGUGCUGGUCAUGCUGUUGCUGCUAAUGGUGCUGGUGCUGCACGCAAUGACAACCGCGCGUCGGAAGGCCCGCAUGCCGCAGCGCCGAAUCUCCUGCAGCACUCGUCGCCCAUCUGCCACGUGCCGCACUACCGUGCGUUUGUGCUGUCGUCCCUGCCGCAUCUAGACGUUCUAGAUAACAUGGCCGUGAGGGAGGGCGAGCGUGCGCAGGCGGCGGGCGAGUGCAAGAGCAGCUUUGAGCCGCUGCCGUACGGGCUGGGCAGCAUUGGUAAUGUCGUGCACCUGCUGAGGCGCAGAGAGAUCCGUGCUCCGCUCAGAGCACUCGCCUCUGUCGCUGCCCGCCCACUUCCCACCCAGCAAAGCGUUUCCAAGGAGAAUUUGCCCCCUGUUGGUGUCGCCACUGGUACUGCUGUCGCUGGUGCUGCUGUUGCUGCUGCUGCUGCCGCCACACCUGUCCUUGCAUCUGAUACAUCAUCAGCUGGCUGCGUGACUGGCAGCACUGGUGGGCCUGCGGGAGACACAGCAACGGAGGAGCCGGUGGGGGGACAGCAACGGCAGCAAGAAACGGUCGCGGGCGUAUUGGGCAGUGGGAGGGGGGAUGGUGCUGACAGCGAGCGAGUAGGGCAGACUGACAUGGAGUAUACAUCGCAUGAUGGCGGGGGCGACGAAAAUGGUGAUGGCGAUGAUGGUGACGAGGAUGACAGUGGUGAUGGUUAUGAUGAUGACGCCGGGAAGGGCAAGGCACCUGUGGAAGAGCAGGAGCCAGAACCCCCCUCAGCGCGGCUGUGGCGUGCUACAGCCGGAGCCAAGGGCGGCAGCGUGGAGGGCUACAGGCGUGCGCUGGGCGCGAACCGCGUGGGCUGUACGAGCUGGCCCGCCAGCCGCGCCAUGACCUGCCCUCUGCGCAACGCUGGGCUGGACGCCCCCAGAAUGUCGUCGAGCCUGCGGCCGCGGCAGUUUGAGUACCACCCAACGGAGCCGCACCUGAUGGUGCUUGGCACGCUGCACGGGGACGUGGUGGUGCUCAACCACGAGUCAGACCGCCUCGUGGGCCACGUGCAGUCCGUUGGUGCACCACACUCCAUCCUCGGCCUCUGCUGGCUCAACAAGCACCCCAAUAGGCUGAUAGGCGGGUGUGACAACGGGUCGAUCCAGCUGUACGACGUAGAUCGCAUGCGCGCCUGCCUCGUCGCUGCCAUCGGCCGUUCCGCUGCCGCCGCAGCCAGCUCCACUGGCGCCAGCAGCAGCGGCACCGCCAGCAGCAAUGGCAGCAGCGUCGGUGGCGGCAGUGCGGGUGCGCUGACUGGCAGUGGAGGCCGGACUGCCGCCACAGCAGCAGCAGCAGCUGUGGCAGCAGUAGCACCGGCAGACAUGACGACCCCUCCCGCUGUGCUGGCAGCGCCAGCAGCAGGUGUAGUGCGUGCAGGAGGGCCGGUGUCAGGCAGUCCGCUUGGCCUUGGUGGCUCUGCGAGUAGAGGCUCUCCUGUGACUCCUGCGCGGUUGCGGCACCCUGCCAUCCACACAUAUGACGAGUUUGAGCAGCUCACAUCCGUGCAUGUCAACUGCACUGACGACCUCUUUCUUGCUAGCGGGUACUCGAACCACGUGGGGUUGUACGACGUGCACACGGGGCGGCGCCUGCAGACGCUGCACAACCUGCACGGCGAGCACAUCAACGUGCUCAAGUUCGCCCACCACUCGCCGCACGUCUUUGCCACCUCCUCCUUCGACCGCCACGUCAAGCUCUGGGACGCGCGCCAGCGCAUCUCCUCGUCGUCCUCCGGGGGCGGGUUUGGGGGGCUGUUUGCGCAGGGCCGGGAGAGCGUGCGGCCGAUUUACUCUGUGCGGAGCGACCGUGGCAAUGUGAUGGUGUGCUUCAGCCCUGAUGACCAGUUCCUGCUCUCCUCUGCUGUUGACAAUGAGGUGCGGCAGCACGUAGCAGUGGAUGGGCGGCUGCAGCAGCGGUUUGAGAUAGCAGCACUGGGCAGUGCGCACAACUACACGCGCUCCUACUACAUGAACGGGCGCGACUACAUUGUGUCGGGCAGCUGUGAGGAGAACGUCGUGCGCAUCUGCUGCGCUAAGACCGGCCGCCGCCUCCGCGACAUACCCCUCGAGGGCAAGGGCGGCAAGAGCUCCCUCUACGUGCAGUCACUGCGAGGAGACCCCUUCAGGGACUUCCAUCUCUCGGUGCUUGUGGCCUACAGCCAGCCCAACUCCCCCUCGGACAUUGUCAAGGUGAAUCUAGUGGCAGGCCCUCCGCACCGAAAGGGCCUUGACAGUGACUUCCAGACUCAGCCGUUGGCGUCUGUGGGUGCAUAG